AUGGCUGAAGCCCUUGGGGUUGCCGCCAACGGUAUUGCCGUUGCGCAGAUCGCUAUUCAGGUUGGCGGCACAGCGGUUAAACUGAAGCAACUUUGGGACGAAGUAAAAGACGUCCCUGAUGAUAUUACUGACCUCAUGGAUCAGCUUGACUGUCUAGAUCCCGUCUUAUGGGAAGUCGAAAAUGGUUUCAAUAAGGUCGAACUACCGUCGAUUCUCUGGGAUGACCUAGCUUCCAAGUCAACAUCCAGAUAUUGUCGCAAGGCUCUCGAGAACCUAACUGCAAUGGUUGAGGAGUUAAAUCUCGAAAUCAGUAGUGCCAAAAAGGGUUGGAGGAAGAUAAAAGCAGUCAAGGUCCUACUUCAGAAGGAUUCCAUCAAGAAGCUAGAAAGACGGCUUGAAAAGGCUGUCCGAAUGUUGACAUUAGCUCAGCAGUCCUAUCUCGUCGCGCUCACCCAGGUGCAACCUGAUAUCAUCAUCCAGAAAUUCACCACCCUUACCUUCCGUAGAAAUCAAUAUGAGCCUCAACAAGCACCCGAUUAUGCAUCCAAGGCGGAGGUGCAGACGGUUUCAAGGUUACACCAUGAGCAACAAGAUACCGGCGACGUAUCUACGAAACCUCGCUGGAUAUAUAGAACAAGACGGACGCGUCCUAACUAUUUUGGCAGAGUUUGUAUCGAGUCUUUCGCGACAGGCAGCAGAAUUCUAUUCCAAGCACCAGCAUGGUUCUCAUAUCGAUCAUGGGAACUACAUAGCAUUAGGGCGAAUGGAGCUUGGCAAUGGAACCUGAGGUCCUACAGGUGCAUUCCGUGGGAUAGUGAAAUUUUCUCGCUAGUACAGUCCGGAUCCCCCCAGGAUAUUCAGAGGCUCUUUGACGUAGGGUUGGCAUCUCCAUACGACUAUAGUAGUAAUGGAUGGACUUUACUCCAUUCCGCACUUUUAGGACAAAACGUUGAAGCAGUGGAGUAUCUGAUUAGGAUUAACCUAAGUAAUAAUACAGAGAAUUUGACUGCAGACAGUAAUAUGUAUGCCUUUAUCAUACUCUCUGAUAUCAUACUCUCUAAUAUGAGCCCAGGGACAUCUUCCUUUAUUAAAGAGGUUACUUCGGACGCGUCCCUUAUCAGACCUAUUUUCGGGGAGCCCGAGGUUCCCGAAUAUGAUGACUCUGUUCACGAUCCGUCUUCUACAUGCACUUGUUCCCCCUUUUUAGACCCAGAGGUUUACCUGGCAGUGCUCCCAUAUCUAUGUCCGUCUCAUCGAAGUACUUCACUCCGUUCGCGACUAAAGCAAGCCAAGAUAUCCCUAAGGUCUUUAGCAAGCAUUGAAGUAGCCAAAUUAAUUCUUGAGCCGGAGUGGAGUACCAAUCCCCAAGCCAUUCGUUCCUGUCCAGACUUCCAUUCGAUUAUUACCGAAGUCGCUUUCAAAUUAGGGCUCAUUACAGUUACUUCACUCCCGGGUUGUCCAGCAUUCCCUAUGCCGAUUGAAAUAAAUUACUCGGAUGCGGGUUUUCGUGGCUGUUUCGCAUUUGCAGUCGACAUAAUUAAGGAGACUCCUGACAUACAUGCGUUCAGUUCAUGUGAAGAAUACCCGCUUGAGACUAGGGGUACAGCCAUGGUAAACAUGCUUCAGGGAAUAAGGUGUGCUUAUUGUGUCAUUCGGACCUCGACACAAUCAUAUCCUAUUUCUAAACUGGCGAGGGGGUGGCUAGAGGCACUGAAGCAGGCUGGUGUUGACCUAGAAGCCUAUGGACGACGUGAACACGAGAUUUUCGUCGAAAAGAAUUAUAGUACUGCCAUUGAUUACUAUGAUGAAAGCCAUCUCGUCGACUUCCAAUUUGGCCCAAACCCUGAAGAUUGGGAAUUCUAUUUUUGCCGGCCCAUAGAUGAUUAUGUUGGCGAGUUCUGGAAACUGGUCGAGGACCCACCUAUCCGUGUUCCGGGGUCUUGGGUCGAUGGUGAUGAUCAUCAUCAUCGUCGUAAUUGCUAUUAUGAUGGCUACGAAUUUGGGAGGUCAUACCUUUUGGAGAAUAAGGUAGUUGAGGCGAACUAG